UAGUGCGCGGUGACGUUACCCCUGGACAGGAAGUGUCAGAGAGGAGCGCGGGAGCUGCGAAGUGAGCGCUCUGGUCUGUUUAGGAAGCGGCUCGAGCCAAGCGUUCCGCGGCCGGUUGCUCCUCGGGCUGCUUCUCGCGAGCGUCCUGCCGUCGCUGCCCGCCGAUUCGGAGGGCCUAGCAGCCUGCCCCGACCCGGGUUCCUGGUUUCAGAGAAGAUGGCAGAGGAAGCAGACCUCUUGGGACAGGACUCUGAUGGGGACAGUGAGGAGGUGGUCCUGACCCCUGCAGAGCUCAUCGAUCGGCUGGAGCAGGCUUGGAUGAAUGAAAAGUUUGCCCCUGAGCUGCUGGAAAACAAGUCUGAAAUCGUAGAAUGUGUCAUGGAGCAGCUGAAACACAUGGAAGAAAAUCUCAAGAGGGCCAAGAAGGGGGACCUGAAGGUCAGCAUCCAUCAGAUGGAGAUGGAGCGGAUCCGCUUCGUCCUGAGUAGCUACCUGCGCUGUCGGCUCAUGAAGAUAGAGAAGUUUUUCCCUCACAUCCUUGAAAAGGAGAAGACCCGCCGAGAGGAGGAGCCUUCCAUCCUUUCUCCGGAGGAGUUUGUCUUUGCCAAAGAGUUCCUGGCUAACACAGAGACCUAUCUGAAAGAAACAGCCUUAAAGCACAUGCCUCCCAAUCUACAGAAGGUGGACCUCUUGAGGACAGUUCCCAAACCAGACCUAGACGCAUACGUGUUUCUAAGAGUGAAAGAGCGGCAAGAAAACAUCCUGGUGGAACCAGAAACCGACGAGCAGAGAGUUCCCUUCCUUUUCCAGGGACUACGUGAUCGACCUGGAGGAGGGCUCACAGCACUUGAUUCGAUACAGAACUGUCGCACCCCUGGUCGCUUCUGGGGCCAUACAGCUGAUUUAAAACCGGAAAUAACUAACCGAGAAAUGAGGCCACGGGACCUUAGAAGACACAUUUUUGGAAACCCUGCAUGCCACCCCGUGCCGAGUACAGCAGCGAUCUUGGCGGUGCCGCGGGUCCCUGGGCCGUGGAGAUCUGCUCAGAGCAGCCCCCUUACUCGUCCUCAGCUCUGCCACUCCAGCCAGAAUCAGCAGAUGAUGCUUCAGCUGUGCUGAUCUUGCUGCCAGAGUCACUGAAACCCCCUUGGUGGUGAUGUUUGAACUGAGGAAAGUGAGGCCGGGGCAGUUCACAGAAAGCCAUCACUGUCUGUGAUGAGGGGACCCGUGGGCCCGACCCGACAGCGGCAGGAGUGUGCGCUCAGCCCUCCUGGCAGGAAGAGUGUAAAUAGCUCCAACCGCCUAUCCGCCCUUUGUGGAAGUCACUGACCCAUGUAAACUCACCUUCUGGAACCUCUCCUCUUGGACUUAGAGCUAACCUGUGUCACACUUAGCUGAGCCUCACAACCCAACCAAUAAACUAUUAUUAGAUCUGGGUUUUGUGGCAGAAGGAGCUGUGGGCAGUUCCCAGCGUGUGGUCUGAUGAGGUGCAUCCGAACCGCAGCCUCAGCAGGCCAGCCUGCGGGCCAUCUGCUGGCCUGGACCUGGUCAGAGCAGCAGCAGCGCUCCUGUGACCAGCGUUCACUUUCUCCAGGGAAAUGGACGGAAUGAAACUCAGCAAAUGGGCAGUGUCACCCAGGGAGGGAUGUACAGACAGCUGAUGAAUUGUCUUCCCUUGAAACGUGAUGCAGAGGAACUGGGUUCCAGCCUUUCUUGCUCCCCAGGAAGGCAGGUUUCCAUCUACACGAUGUAGCCUCGUAGAGUAACCAGUGCGAUGUUGCUGCCAUUUCCAAGAGAAGACAUUCAGUGAAAGCAGGGGGGAGUGUUUUUUAUUCGUUAGUAAAAGCAUUUUAUAUCUCA